AUGAAGUCUUUCGCCCCAGUCCUGGCCGGCCUCGCCGCCUUUUGCGACCUCGCCUCGGCUCACUACCGCUUCACGAGCCUCGUAGUGGGGGGCCAGAACACGGGCGAGUACGUGAACGUCCGGAGGAACACGAACUACAACAGCCCCGUCGUCGACGUCACGAGCAAAGACAUUGUCUGCAACGCCGGCGGCCUCUCGUCGGGCUCGGCGACGGGGGUCGCCACCGUCUUGGCCGGAUCGACCGUCGGCUUUGCCAUGGACCAGGCCAUCUACCACGACGGUCCCGUCACCGUCUGGCUCUCCCCCGCCGGGUCUGGCGGCGUCAAGAACUACGAUGGAAGCGGUUCUUGGUUCAAAAUCUACGAGGUCGGGGCGCAGACCGGCAACGGCCAGAUCAAGUUCCCCGCCUCGAACCAGGCCGCGUUCAACUUCCAGAUCCCCUCGUGCACACCCCCUGGAGAGUACCUCCUCCGAAUCGAGCAGAUAGGGCUGCAUCAGGCCAGCACCAAGGGCGGGGCUCAGUUCUACAUCUCAUGCGCACAGAUCAAGGUGACUGGAUCCGGGAGUGGCCAGUUCUCCCCGGCUGUCAAGUUUCCCGGCGCGUACACGGGCACUGAGCCGGGCAUCAUGAUCAACAUCUAUUACCCUGUGCCGACGACGUACACCAUCCCAGGAGGGCCCCUCGCCAAGUGCUGA